GCAGCUGCAGCUUGUAGCGAGAGCCCGCACGUCGUGCGCAUGGAGGAGUACUUCUUGUUCCGCGACCACGUGUGCAUCGCCUUCGAGGUGCUGGGCACGAACCUGUACGACUUCCUCAAGCUGCGCUACUUCCACGGGCUCCCCAUGAGCAGUAUCCGCACAGUGGGCAAGCAGCUCGCGCAGGCCCUGGCGUUCCUCGAGCAGCAGCACGUCGUCCAUUGCGACCUGAAGCCGGAAAAUGUGCUGCUCGACGCGUCUGCGCUGGCUGGAGACGCGCGGAAUACCGGCAUUGUGGACAACGUGACGCUCAUCGACUUUGGCAGCAGUUGUCUCGAAGGAGCGCCCAUGUUCACGUACAUCCAGAGCCGCUUCUACCGCAGCCCGGAAGUGCUGCUCGGCCACACGUACUCGGGUGCGAUCGACAUGUGGAGUUUUGCCUGUAUCCUCGUCGAGCUGUACACGGGCCACCCGAUCUUUGCCGGCGAGAACGAAAGUGAGCAGUUCGCCUGCAUUAUGGAGGUGCUGGGCGCCCCUCCGACCGAAAUGGUGCUCAAAAGCAAGCGCCGCCUGAAUUUCUUUGACGAAGUGGUGAACCCCGCUGACGCGCAGACUGUCGAGUACGUGCCCAAGCCGUUCGUGAACUCCCGUGGACGCCGACGGACUUCUGGGUCUCGAAGUUUGAUCAGCGCCGUCAAGUCCGAUGACGCUGAAUUUUUGGAGUUUUUGGCCAAGUGCUUUGUGUGGGACCCGAGCCAGCGCCUCACGCCCGAGAAGGCCCUUGAGGAGCCUUGGAUGCGUCACCGUCAGCAAGAACUCGUCGUCAACCCUGUAGAAUAUGAGCUCUAAGUAAGUUAAAGUAACCCAUGUAUGAAUGAAUAAGUGAAUUACCCGAACACUCAGCGUGUUAUGCAUCAUGUUACGCGACCGGGACCGGAACUCCGGGUGGAGCUGCUGGCAUUUUCACGCCUACAGCAGCGGGUGACGACGAUGAGCCCGCUGCUGGGGCAGCGUAGUCGUCGACACUCCAAGUGUGCACAGUCUUGUCCCAUGAGCCGGUUGCGAGCAUGGUGUCGAACUCCUUGUCGUCGGAUGAAGACGCCGUCGACGCAAGCUGGAACCAGUCCAGCGCGCGAACGUAGUCGCGGUGAGGCGUCGCCUUCUCCUGACCGACCAGCAGUUCGCGGGUGCCGCUACCCGCAGUUCGGUCAGACGAGAAGCUGUCAGUAGUCACGAAGGACUUGCCGUCGUCCCCUCCCGUGGCGAGAAGGUCGUCGUGGUAAGGCGAGUACUUGACGACGUGCACCGCCGCCGCGUGAGUGUCACGUCGAGCCAACGGCGUGUGCGGCGAGCGCACGUCAAAGGUGCAGACCGUACCGUUCUCCAAACCCACGGAAAACACCGUAGCCUGCUUCGGGUGCCAAUCCACGGACAGCGCAGGCAACAACGUUGACACCGCCAACGCCGCACUGUGAGGACGCCGAGAAUCCCACACCUGCACCGUGGCGUCCUGCGAAGCCGAGCAAAGCAGAUGAGCGUGCAUCGGGUUCAUGGCCACGCCCCAGAUCAAGUCCGUGUGUCCUGCAGACAUCAAAGACACCGUCAGCCACCUCCUCCUCAGCCCGAAAUCCAGCUUCGCCAACCCACCAUCAAACGUAGCAAGACCCUUGUUCACCGCGUUAAUAUCCCACAACUUCACCCUGUAACACAGCAAUAUAGCACCAGUCAACAAACCUCCGUACCAACUACCAGCAGAGCCAAGAGCUCAAUUAACGCACGUGAGGUCCCAGCUGCACGUCGCCAGCUGCGUCUUCUCGAUCUUGGAGGCGCUGACGCCCGUGACCACGUCGUCGUGUCCCCAUCCCGUCACCACCGCGUCCUCCUCCGCCGUCGAGUCGUUGCCGCCGCCUGCCGCUCCGAUGGGGAUGAAGGCGAAUGCCACGUCCGUCGACAGCUUGGCCAGCCGCACGUCGCCGUCAUCGCAGCCCAGCGCCAGCACGUCUCCGUCCGCGCCGCACCAGGCGAGCGCCCCCAUGCCCGUCUCCAGCUGCAGCUCGCACAGGCGCUCGCUCGUGGCGGCGUCCAGCAGCGCCACGCCGCCGCCCCAGACGUUGCCCUCGAGCUGCGACUGCGCCACGGCCAGCAGCGGCAGCUCCGGCUCCUCGGCGCCGCCAUUUUCCUCGUCGGAGAAGAGCGUGUUCGGCAGCGAGCACGCGGCCACGGCGUCCACCUGCGCGGGCGAGGAGAAGGCCGGGUGCGAGGCGUGCGAGGCAGCCAUGUCGCUCACGUGAUCUAUCCGGUGGCUCGCAAAUGACGCGGGAACGACUUUGACAGGAUACGUGGUGUGGCGCACACCAUACCAAAGGCAAGUUGAAGUUGUCUUUUGACGCCACCGUUGGGUGAGGCUGCAGCCUUUUGUGAAGCGCUUUCUUCUCCCUUCUCUCCUCGUGUCUCUCCAUGGGACCUGCGGCGGCUUUGGCUUUUCCAGUUGUGGGGACUGUUCUGCAAGCGGCGCUCGUCCCAAGCCCAAGGAGGAGAAAAGCUUUGGCCAAGCCUCAAAAGACUUGGACACUUUGCAACGCGCCGACUGACGACCAAGCCAACAGAACCUCUAACGGCGUAUCAAGAUGGUGCGAAUGCCCACGAGCAUGGCCAAGAACAAGGAGCCCAAGGAGCACGGAGCCAAGGAGGCGGCCUCCGAGGCCGUGGACGAGAUGCUGUCGGAGGCGGAGCAGAUGCGUCGCCGCAACGACCUCGGCGACCCCGGCCGUCGCACGCUGGAGCAGCUCCAGGAAGACGCCCGCAACCUCGGCGAGUACGCGCGCGGCAAGAUGGAGCACAUGAACGAGGUGAUGCGCGAGGCAGCCGCUUCAGCGCGCGAGUCCACUGGACUUCCGAACUCUGCCCCCGUCCCGACGGACGCCGUCAGUGACACCGUGAUGGAUUCACUCAAGACAGCGAGCGAGAAGCUCAGUGCCGAGAUCAGCGAGCUCAGCGAGCGAGCCGAGAGCGUGAAGGCGCGCGUCCAGGAGUCGAUGAUGGCUGCCGGCGGCAAGGCGAAGGACACGUGGCACCAGAGCGCCGAGGCCGCCAAGAACGUCGGUGAGCGCGAGUACUGCCUGCCGCUGCCCACGAACCGCAUCUGUGCUCGGCACGUGGCGUUCUUCGGCAUCCCGCUGCUCGCCUUGCUGCUACUGAUAAUGAUGCGUCGUCGCUACCCGAAGAAAUGGAAGGCCGGCGUGAACAAGAUGAAGCAGCCGCGCAUGAUGCUUUCGCGCGAGGUGCCGUCCAGCGAGAAGCUGAAGUCGCAACUGGAGGGCGCCGCCGGCAAGCUCGAGGAGAAGAUCGAGUACGGCAAGCAGCGAGGCAGCAGCGCCAUGGACCAAGCGCGCAGCAAGUACGGGCAGCCAGAGAAGAAGCCGGAGAUCAAGAAAGACCAGUAACCCGCUGUAGCUGCCGUUGAACUGCAUCGCGUGGGUUGACAAGCAAGUUGUCUCCCUCAGCGAUGCGCCUCCUUUGAUAUCUUCAUACAAUUCGCUUUGGCAACACAACAAGUUGGGAAAUGAAAACAACGUGGUAUUGCGUUGGUCUGUGUGUGUUUAAGCAACUUUUUGGCGCUUGGUGGCUUCUGCACCAGCGGCAGCGUCGCCCUCGCGCUUUAUAGCCGCCGGGUCCUCUGCGCCUGGUGCUCCUGCAGCUGCUACAGCGUUGUUGUUGUUGUUCUCCAGCUUCUCUGCGAUCUCGGGCGCGUGCUUCUUCAUCAACUGGAUCAGAAUGGAGUCCACGCGCGCCGAGUUCUCGCGCUGCUUCUCCAUCUUUUCGUACUUCUGCUUGAGCUUGAGCUGCAGCUCUGCUCGCACGCACACAAAGAUCAGCAUCAGUACAGCCACUCCAGAACGUCCAACAAUUGGCCUCCGACUUACGCUCCGAGGGGAUGACGGGCUCCUUCUUGUCCUUGGAGCUAAAGUCCCACGCGUAGCCCUCCGUGGGGCUGAAGCGCACGCCCGCCGCCAGCCCGUGAAAGGCCUUGUUCACCCUGUAGCUGCAUUUUUUCUACAAUAAUCACACACACACAAUGCACAGCACCAUGAGUACACUAGAUAGGCACUUGCAAGCCCUACAUAGCACAGAUGCAGCAGCUCGUACGAGGCGCGAGGUGAGCAUCGCGUGGAUGUUGGGCGCCUGGUACACGGUGCCGUCCAGCACGUAGUAGAUGGCCAGCGGCUCCACCUGCGUGC